GCGGGGCUGGCUGCUCCCCUGCUGCAGCGCAGCCCAGAGGCACCUGUACAGCACCGAGGCGUGUCAGGAAACCCGAUGCCUCACCUCUGCCAAUGUGGAGGCGGAGGGAGGAGGGCCCAAAGACAUGUCCCUUCACGCUCGCCGCAGCUGAAAACAGAGAAGGAAAGUUGCUAGAGGCUUUUCCAGCAGCGCACGAAGCCUCCGUGUCCCGCUCUCACCCCAGGAGCCCUCCCGUACUCCAUUACUCUGGGGGGGUGGCUGUCCCACACCCGUCGGGCGAUGAACAUCGCAAGGAGAAGAGGCUUUUACAGGCAGGAGGUGAACAACACGCUCUGGGAGCUGCCCAGGAGAUACGGAUCCCUGCACCCGCUGGGCUCCGGGGCCUACGGCUCCGUCUGUUCAGCCAUAGACAAGAAGACAGGGGAGAAAGUGGCCAUCAAGAAGCUGUGCCGCCCGUUCCAGUCCGAGAUCUUUGCCAAGAGAGCCUACAGGGAGCUGAUGCUGUUGAAGCACAUGCAACAUGAGAAUGUCAUUGGGCUGCUUGAUGUCUUCACCUCCACUGCAUCCUACCAGGGGUUCCAGGACUUCUACCUGGUGAUGCCAUACAUGCGGACAGAUUUACAAAAGAUCAUGGGACAUGAAUUCAGUGAUGAAAAGAUCCAGUACCUGGUCUACCAAAUGCUGAAAGGGCUGAAGUAUAUUCAUUCAGCUGGCAUCGUCCACAGGGACCUGAAGCCAAGUAACCUGGCUGUGAAUGAAGACUGCCAGCUGAAGAUCCUGGAUUUUGGCCUGGCCAGACAGGCUGAUGCUGAGAUGACUGGCUAUGUGGUCACACGGUGGUACAGAGCCCCAGAAGUCAUCCUGAACUGGAUGCAUUACAACCAGACAGUGGAUAUCUGGUCUAUUGGCUGUAUCAUGGCAGAAAUGCUGACUGGGAAAACACUCUUUAAAGGAAAAGACUACCUGGAUCAACUGACCCAGAUCCUGAAAGUAACAGGGCACCCAGGAGAGGACUUCCUGGAGAAGCUGGAGGACAAAGCGGCAAAGAGUUAUAUCAAGUCCCUUCCUAAAAUCCCCAAGAAGGAUUUGUCUGUGCUUUUCCCUAAAGCAAAUCCUCUGGCUGUGGACCUGCUGGACAAGAUGUUGCAGCUGGAUGUGGAAAAGCGUCUCACAGCAACAGAGGCCUUGGCUCACCCCUACUUCGAUCAGUUUCGAGAUAUCGAGGAGGAGACAGAGGCACAACACUCCUAUGAUGAUUCUCUGGAACAUGAAAAGCUUUCAAUAGAGGAGUGGAAAAAGCACAUCUACAAGGAGAUCCUGACCUUCAGUCCCUUUGCACGGAAGGAUUCAAAGAAGAGAAGUGGGAUGUCAUUAUAGCGAUGGUGCAGCUGUGGCUGGGACCCAGUUCUCCUUGAUGACAUCAAAUUCACUCCACACUGCCUUGCUGGUGGCCAACUUUUGGCCUGUGGGACCUCUCUCCAUGUGCCAACACAAGGAUGACACCAUGCUGAGAGCACUGGACUUGAUCUAGUAAAGGGGAAGCACCCCAGAUAGUUUUUGACAUAAAAGACAAAUAUAUUCUUGUUGA